AUGUGGUUCAUGGUCGUCUACGGCCUGAGCAUGUUCCUCGGCGGCUUCUUCAUCUGGAGUCUGGACAAUAAGUACUGCACGAAUUUGCGACGCUGGCGGAGGAACAUCGGACUCCCGUGGGGUCUGUUCCUCGAGGGCCAUGGAUGGUGGCAUCUCAUGACUGGCAUUGGAGCUUAUCUAUAUAUCAUUUGGGGCAUCUGGCUCCGGCAUUGCCUGAACAAGCGUCAGGAUGAGUACCAGCUGGUAUGGCCUCAUUUCUGGCAUUUCCCCGAAAUGCAUGGGAAAGACAAAUUGAAAUCUGGGAGAGAACUUGUGGCCGGCAACACAAAAAUCCCCUGCUAA